GUCAAGUCAACCCAAGGGUCCGAUUUUAUGACUGUUGGGUUGACCUAAGUUUCCUGACUCUCCGAAGGUUUAGGCCUAUUCUACAGAUAACUCAGCCGCCAUAUGAACUUCUACGAGUUGAUUCACCACGCCUUUUUGUCACCCAUCCAAGCUCUCCGCUGGUCAGACGCAGUUCAGCAGCUAUUAGUUAACUUUAGUACCCUUUUGUCGAUGCUUAGUUAUAGAGGUCCCUUAUCUUGCUUGCGUACUUCAGAUCGAGAUUGAAGAAUAUAUCUGCUUAUCAUGCCGAUCCCUCUUCUGGUCACGAUGCAUGAGGACUCGCCUAUCCAACGGCUGCCCGACGACCUGCUCGCCAGGAUCCUCCAAUCUGUCCCUAUCAUCAGGUCCGACGACAGCCAGUUCGACCACGCUCUCGUGUGCAAGCAUUGGCACGACAUCGCGUGUCGCGUGAGAGACCAGAUCCGCAUCCCCUUAAACAGCAUCUCCACUCUUAGUCGGGUACUUCAGCAGCUCUCGUCGAUCCCAAGGCUCAGGAAAAUCGCCAUCUCCCCUUUCAGCAUGACCCACGUCCCUGAUUCCAUCCUCUUUCGCAUCGCCGACACGUGUCCCGACCUGACCGAGCUUUACAUUGGCGCCACGGACCGAGCCUUUGCGUACGAUAGCUUUUCCGAGGAUGCGCUUUGCUCCCUUUUCAGCAAGUGCACUCGGUUGGAGGAUCUUCAUCUGUAUUGCAAGGACUACAUCGAAGCCAUUCCUCCCUCCAUCGGCCGUCUCGCUUCGCUCACGAACCUGCACCUCGUCGCACGCGGGGUCAAACUCCUUCCCGACACGUUCACCUCGUUACAGUCACUCCGACGCCUCGUGCUCGACAUGUCCGAGCUGGCGGAUCUGCCGCGGGAUUUCUGGAAGAUGACCCUUCUGGAGUCGCUGCACCUGGAAAAAUGUCGACAGCUGGAUUCACUUCCAGAAUCUCUUUCGCAACUUGCUAGUUUAACCCGUCUUUCCGUCAAUGAUUGCUACAGGCUUCAGCUCCCUGGUUCUCUUACCAGCCUCUCUUUUCUGGAGGUUCGGAAUGGCGAAAUGGAGGCUCCUCUUUUGCUGCCCGAAGAUCUCGGGCAGCUCCAGGCUCUCGAAACCCUUCUCGUGGACACCGUUGAUGAUCUGACGCCAGACCUGUUAGAAUCCAUCGGGCAGCUGCAGCGGCUGAAGCUCCUUUCCCUCAGUGACCGCCACGGUUUAGCGUCUCUGCCGAGGUCUCUUUCCCGCCUGACUUCCCUCACAGGCCUUAACCUGGAGGUUUCAUCACUUUCCCUGCUGCCCGACGACAUCGGGCUGUUACCAAAGCUUCAGAGUUUCAGCCUAGAAGAGACUUACGGUGCCGAGGGCCUCAGCCUCACAAGCCUGCCUGACUCCAUCACUCUGGCCACUGCGCUCCAAAACCUUUCCCUCAAGCGACUCCGAAACCUGACGUCGCUGCCCGAGGAUUUCGGGCAGCUGGCUGCUCUAGAGACGCUGCGCAUGGCUGACCUGCCAGAGCUGACACACCUGCCCGAAUCCUUUGGAAAUCUGCCGAACCUGCAGGACCUGAAAAUUGACGACUGCCCGCGGCUGCAGCAGCUGCCCGAAUCCUUUGGAAGUCUGCCGAACCUGCAGGACCUGAAAAUUGACGACUGCCCGCGGCUGCAGCAGCUGCCCGAAGGCAUGGGGAGCGACCUGCAUAGCCUGCGACAUCUGCGCCUGCUGCGCUGCACUGCUCUCACCCACCUCCCCCCAUCCUUCUCCUGCCUCACAUCUCUCGAAACCCUACGGAUCGUGCGAGCAGAGAGCUUCAGAGGUGGGCUGCCAGAGGGGUUUGGCGGCCUGAGAAGCCUGAAGAAACUUUCUCUCUGCGCCAUGCGCCACCUGUCUGCCCUGCCUGCAUCCAUCUCCGGCCUUGUCCCCCUCACCAGCCUGCUAGUAUCAAGCUGCCCGGAGAUUAAGGAGUUACCUGCGGAUAUCGGACGGCUGGGAGCACUCGAAGAGCUGAAGAUCUCCAAGCUGGACGGGCUGGUUUCUCUCCCGCAGUCGCUGGUUGAGUUGCCCCGGCUGCGGGUGCUGGUGGUGCGGAAGUGCGCCAGGCUUAAAACGAUCCUGGGGGAUGAAGCAGUGGGAGGUGUUGAGCAGGGCCAAGGAGCAGGUGCUGCUGCUGCCAGCAGUGUCUCAGGUGGCGGCAGCAGCAGCAGUAACAGUAACAGCGCCAGCAGCAGCGGCUGUAACAGCGCCAGCGGCAGCAGCAACAGAAGCAGCAGUAACAGCGUCAGCGGCGGCAGCAGCAGCAGUAACAGCACCAUCGCCAGCAGCAGGAGUGACAUCGGUCCACUGCUUCCGUCCCUUCAGAGUCUCGAGCUCGAAAAUCUUCCGUUUGAAUCCCUUGGGCCGUCCCUGGGCCUGCUAUCUUCGCUGACAGCACUGGAACUCUCUGACAUGGAGCACCUGUCGUCGCUUCCCGUUUCCAUUUCAAGCCUGUCGCGGCUGCAAGGGCUCAGAAUCCUGAACCUGGAAAAGCUGGAAGCACUUCCUGAAACCCUUGGACGGCUCUCAUGCCUUAGUUCCCUCGUACUAGGUGAGCUUGACAGUUUGCGCCAGCUGCCCGACUCGCUGGGGCAGCUGAAGAAGCUACAGACUCUAGAGAUUCUGUACUGCUCUAACCUGGUCAGGCUUCCAGACUCGUUUCCCAAUCUGGCUUCCCUGAAGCGGUGCACGCUUGAAGGUGUGGGAAUCUCGGGCAUUCCAGAUGACUGUCCUUCAGGCCUGGAUUUCGAUCGAGGGAGCUACAAUUAUUGGUAUGGUAGGGGUUGGAAAAGUUUCUUUCAAGAGGAAAGUGAUCGUUCAGAGGAUGGUGGUGAUGAGUCAUGUGAUAUUCUCGAGGGUCAAGACGAGGGGAGCAGCGACAAGGAGGAUGAAGACGAUGGGGAAGAGGGGGAAGGUGGGGUUGGGGUUAGGGGGGGGAAGGAUGGUGAGGAUACAGGGGGGCAGGAGGAAGAGGGAGGUGUUGAAGAAUUAGGGUAGGUGGAUGGUGAAAAAUCGAGGUAUUUGGAGGAGGGAGAGGAGAGGAGAGGGGAAGGGGGUGGUUCGGUGCAGGGCCUCAGAUUCGUUUUGGGGCACGCUGAUCGCUCAGGGUCCCCCCCCCCUUGCCUCACUGUUUUUUCAGGCCACGCAAAGAAACUUACGCUGAUGAAUCAGGGUGUUGUAAAAAUUUUGCGCUGAAAAAACAGAGUAACCUACAAAAAACACACUGUUCAACU